AACUUUUGCGUUUCAUGGCAUAACAAUCAAUUAUAGUAUAGCUACUAUCCUUGUACAAAUCUACUGAACAACUUAUUCUGUUUUAUGUUGCCAGCAGUGUUAAAAAAUUGACAAGCUAGAUUUUUUGCUAGGUUAUAUUAGAGCAUUAAACCCCUGGCAGCUCAAUCAUAUGAUACAUUCGAUCGUCCAUAGCGCCAAGUGCCGAAAUCAUGGAUAUGCUUGGAGCUGCUGUACGCUUGGCAUUUGCUGGUUUUGAAAACUUAGAUGAAUCCCAUCAUCCAAUAGUAUGUCAAAAAGAAGUAUCUCAAGACUGCACUUUUCUUACGAGAUGGCUGGAAUCGAAUAACGAUCAGCUAGUAGAAUUUGUGGGUCUGACUCAUUAUUCGUCUCGCUACGCUCCAUGUUCAACUGCUCCAUACCAAGGCAGUCGAAACAAUUUCGAGCUUAGGGCAGCCUCAAGCAAAACUGAUGACAACAUCUGAAUC